CAUGUCGACUUCCGAGGAUGCAUUCUCGUUUCACAGAAUCGAGGAGGCCAUGGCCCGCUUGAAUGCAACCAUCAGCAGUUACAAGAAUGAGAAAAAUGGCAAGAUGAAUGGUCAUCACCGUUCAGAGUCGGACGAUCUUCCUUAUGCGCCUCGCUCGACUCUCUUCUCGCGAGAGUGGGACUUGUCGACCGACGAACACUAUCCCCACAUCACCAAUUCCGAGCUCAGGAAACGCCUGAAUGCUCUCCAUGAGCUUUGCAGCUUCUUGCCCGAACAUCCCUACAACAUCGAUCUCUACCUGCGCAUUGCAAAGGCCUAUGUUGAGGUCGGAUAUCCAGACCUUGCUAUCGGCUCGGCAUACAAGGCUCUGCUGCUCAUCGAUGCGAUCAAUAAUGAGGACGAGUUCUGCGACGAGGCCAUUGAGUCGCUCGCACUGAGCAUCUCGAAAGAGUCGUUGGAAUACAGACACCAAAACAUCCUUGAGAACGCCGAGAUUCUGGCUCACCUCUACCCUGAGUUCAUGGUUAGAAAUAAGGAUCAGCUUGUGGAUGUGGAUGUAUCGGACAUCGAAGUUUUGGUCUGGACCAAGGGCCUUUUCUCCUUCCAAAGAAGCGCCGCCGAGUACUGCUUCAAAGCCCAAGAUCUCUUCGGAGAAGACCCUACCAUCGAAGCGACUCUGGACGUCAUUCACGCCGCCAUUGACGACUGGCUUCGCGAUACGCAGCCUGACGAGUACAACAAACCUGGCUUCAAGUUCGGACUCGACCAGUUCCCUGACGAGGGUAUGGUGCGUAGAGAGUGCUAUCCGUGGAACGAACACGAACCCGAUCGCUGUUCGGACGAGAGCUUGGAAUUCUUGAAUGCAGAGAUGGAGAAGGUCGCACCAAGACUAGAAGUCAAGGCCACCAAGCUACCCCUCUUGACUGAGGGCGACGGUGUGGAACAGUUCGUUACACAACUGGGUGUCUUUGCGAAAGAGGACAUCGCACCUGGAGAGAUUGCGCUGUCCGAGACCUCACUUCUCACAGCCAAUAACCGUCUCCAGGAUGCUUUGUGCGAUGCAUGCAGUGCUGACCUUCCUGAGCUCAGCGACCCAGCUUCAGCCGACGUGGUCGCAUGUCCAGACUGCGAGGUCGUCUUCUGCAGCGAAAAGUGCAGCGAUCUUGCUCAGGAAGAAUAUCAUCCUGCCGUAUGUGACCGCGGUGUCGAGGACAUUGCAAAGGACGUCCCACCGGCCGAAGCUGCCAACGCCUUGUACUCUCUAUUAUUGCUGAGAUCUUUGGCAAUGGCAGAGACCCAAGAGAUUCACCCUCUGGACAUCAAGUAUGUCAAGUUCAUCUGGGGAGACUACCACACCCUCGACCUCUCCAAGCACUGGCGCCCCCACGACCGCCACAGCACUGAAUCACCCUUCCCGCGCACCCUACCAUUCAGCUUCCAAGCCAACGUUGUGCUCCCCUUCAACAUGCUCGAGAAGAUGGACGUCGACAUUUUCAAAAACCCUCAAUACGACGUCUGGGUCUUCAACACCCUGUACGCCAAAUUCCGCGGCACUGCAUCCGCCCGCUUGAGCGGCUCGGGCGGCGGCGUCGCUCGCGGCCCAGAAGUCAGCGCCGUCCACCCCAUGUGGUGUCUCGCAAACCACAGCUGCAACCCGAAUGUCACCUGGCGCUGGGCCAGCGACGUGCGCUUCCGCGUCUUGGAGGACCGCCCAACCUGGCACGGCAGCGAGUUCCGCGGCGGCAUCAAGUACAAGGCCGGACUCAAGGCUGGUGAAGAGGUGCUCAGCCACUACUGCGACAUUGAUUUGCCAGUCAAGGAUCGUCGCGAGUGGGCUGCUGGCGCUCUGGGAGGUAACUGCUGCUGCGAGAGAUGUCUCUGGGAAGCGUGUUUUGAGGAUAUGAAACAGAUCAAUCGCGAGGCUGACAAGGUCCGCGGG